AUGGCAAAUCAGGUUAUCAUAGGAGCUCUUUUUCAGGAAGGAACUUCACAAGUUAGACCACCAUACUUCAAUGGACAAUAUUUUUCUCACUGGAAAGUACGAAUGAAAAUCUUUGCUAAAGCUUACGAUGUCAAAGUCUGGAGAGUCAUCAAAAAGGGAAACUAUCCCCUACCAGCUAGCACUCCAUCACUUGCUGACCCUGAAGAUAUAGAUUCAUACUCAAAGGAGCAACUAGAAGUAGUACAAGUGAACAACAAGACGAGAAAUUUGCUUCAUAACGCUAUAAGUGGUGAAGAAUACGAGAAAAUAUCAAGUUGUGACACAGCCAAAGAGAUGUGGGACAAACUUGAGGUCACCUAUGAAGGAACCAGCAAAAUAAAGGAAAUACAUAUCAACAUGCUGGCAUUUGGCAAGCCCUACACCAAUGGUGAUCAAGUCAGAAAAAUUCUCAGAAGUCUGCCAACCACUUGGCAGACCAAAGUAGUCACACUGGAAUCUCAAGACCUAAACAAAUUGUCCUAUGAUGAACUACGAGGAGAACUAAUUGCCUUUGAAAGGACGCAUCUCAAAAAGACAAAUCAAGAGGAGAAAAAGAAAAUAGUUGCAUUCAAAACCUCUACUGAAAUGGCUGAAAAUGAAAUUGAUGAUCCUAAAGCUCUGCAAGAAGAGAUUGCUAUGAUGUCUAGAAAUAUGGAUGGGCUAAAGAGAAGAUACAGGAACACAAAGAAAGGAAGAUUUCCACCAAGACGAUCCAGGCAAUACAACGAACAGGAUAAGAAUGAUGGAAAAUGCUACGAAUGUGGAAAAUUUGGGCAUAUUCAAGCUGAAUGCCUAGAACUAAAGAGGAAGAUCUCUAGAGGCUUCAACAAGAACAAAUCCUUCGGAAGCUGGAGCGAUGAGGAUGACUCUGACCAUGAAGAAAUAGCAAAUCUCUGCUUCAUGACAAUUCUGGAAAAUGAAAUGAACAAAACUUCAGGAUGCUGGACAGAUGAAGAUGUUUCAGAUGACGAGAAUGAAAACUGUUUCAUGGCACGAGGUGAAACUAGUGAGGUAAGAUCUUAUGACUGUGAAAGAUGUAAUGAAUUGCAGGAUAUCCUUAAUUCAACCUUGAAAGAGUCUCAAAAAAUGAUGAAUGAACUUAAGAGACUCACUAGGGAGGUUAAAGACUGGAAACUCAAACAUGAAGUAUGUGAAAUCGAAAAGGAAGUACUUCAAGAAGAGUUUGAGGAUUUGCAAAUGCAGCUCAACAGCAUGCGCAAAUCCACCCGUCACAGUUCUGUUAGGUCAAACAAGACAACUUACAAGUCAACUGGAAAAGAACCUGCUAGAACCAAGUUUACUAGUUCCAAUACCUAUGAAAGACCUAUAAGCAGGUCUGAUGUUAAGUGUCAUCACUGUGACAAAAACCUGUUCAAAGAAGAUACAAAAAUCGAUGGAGGAAGUGUUAAAUUUGGGGAUGAUUCAAAGGGCAAAAUAGUUGGUACUGGAACAAUUCCCUUUAAUAACAAUUGUGACAUUACUGAAGUUUAUCUCGUCGAUGGCCUCAACUACAACCUCUUGAGCAUAAGUCAACUCUACGACUCAAGAUAUGAGGUAAAGUUUAAGAAAACUGGAUGUGCUAUUGAAGAUGAAUCAGGUAAAAUAAUUCUUCCUGGAAAAAGGUAUGGAAAUGUUUAUAUACUUGAUGGUUUUGAAAAGAUAGAUGGUCAUAUUUGCUUAUCCUCUAUGUCUGAUGAUCCAUGGCUAUGGCAUAAGAGACUUGGUCAUGUUAGCAUGCAUUUGAUAGAAAACUGUCCAAACAUGAAUUAG